AAAAAUGAGAAGUUUCGGAAGGUGUUGGAUGGUUUGACCACCUCUUCCCCCGGAGGGACUGUAGGCUCUCCGUCCUGCGGCAGCCCUGCUGGGACUCCCAAGGAAAUCAGCGUCCAAGAAACGCUCGAGGCGGAAAACUUUCAGUUGUGUAAGACAGUUCGUCAUGGUUUCCCCUACCAGCCCACUGCUUUGGCCUUUGACCCUGUGCAGAAGAUCCUGGCCAUCGGCUCAAGAUCCGGCGGCGUGCGAAUACUUGGACAACCAGGGGUGGACUGCUUCUGUCAGCAUGAAAGUGGAGCAGCAGUUCUCCAACUUCAGUUCCUCAUCAAUGAGGGAGCGCUGGUCUCAGCCUGUGCUGAUGACACUCUACACUUGUGGAAUCUGCGCCAGAGGCGGCCCGCUGUGCUGCAUUCACUGAAAUUCAACAGAGAAAGGAUCACAUUUUGCCACCUGCCCUUUCAGAGUAAAUGGCUUUAUGUGGGGACGGAGCGUGGAAACACACACAUUGUCAACAUCGAGUCCUUUAUUUUGUCUGGAUACGUCAUAAUGUGGAAUAAGGCCAUAGAAUUAUCAACUAAAACACACCCAGGACCUGUAGUGCAUCUGAGUGACAGUCCAAAGGAUGAAGGAAAGUUGCUUGUAGGGUUUGAAAAUGGAACCAUUGUACAGUGGGACCUUCGAGCUAAGAAAGCUGACUUCAGAAUCCACUACGAUGAGGCCAUCCAUUCAGUCAGCUGGCAUCAUGAAGGGAAGCAGUUCAUGUGCAGUCACUCAGAUGGCAGCCUAACGUUAUGGAACCCCAAAAACACCACCAAGCCAUUCCAGGUCACCUUCCCUCAUGGAAAGUUACAGAAGGAUGGACGAAAGGAGUCAUGUAAACCCAUACUCAAAGUAGAGUAUAAGACCUCAAGAAACAGUGAGCCUUUUGUUAUCUUCUCUGGGGGCCUUUCGUAUGACAAGCCAGGACGGCGGCCAACAUUAACCAUCAUGCAUGGCAAAGCUAUCACCGUUCUGGAGAUGGACUAUCCUAUUGUAGAGUUCUUGGUGCUCUGUGAAACUCCUUACAUCAAUGAGGUCCAGGAGCCUUACGCAGUUGUGGCGCUGCUGGAGAAGGACUUGAUCGUGGUGGAUCUGACACAGAACAACUUCCCUGUGUUUGAGAACCCUUAUCCAAUGGACAUCCAUGACUCUCCUGUUACAUGCACAGCAUACUUUGCUGAUUGUCCGCCAGAGAUCAUCCCCAUUCUCUACUCCAUAGGAGCUAAACACAAAAAGACCGGCUAUAGUCAAAAGGAGUGGCCAAUCAGUGGAGGAUCAUGGAUGUUAGGCUCACACACUUACCCAGAGAUAAUCAUAACAGGACAUGCUGAUGGAUCAGUUAAGUUUUGGGAUGGAUCUGCAUACACACUACAGAUUUUAUACAAGCUUAAGACUUCCAAAGUGUUUGAGAAGCCUAAGCCAGGUGAGGGCCGAGCUGCCGAGUCGGUGGAAGAAGAUCCUUUUGCUGUUCAGAUGGUCAGCUGGUGCCCUCAGAGUCGCAUCUUCUGUGUGGUUGGCAUCUCAGCCCACAUCAUACUUUAUCGCUUCAGCAAAUAUGAUGCCAACACUCAGAUAGUGUCACUAGAGGUACGCUUGCAGUGUGAAUCAGGGGACAGUAUCACUCCAUCAGAGAAUGAAAAUCCUUGCUUCUCAGAGCCAGGCUCCCACUCACCCCAACCCCAGCACCAACACUCAGUUAGCCCUGGCAGCAGGACGCCAGAGGCGGGCAAAGACAGCAUUCCCUGCCUCAGAGUUAAGGACCGUCUGGUCCGGGUUCCUCCCGGCUACCAGUCAGAGCUGGUCAUCCAGCUGCUGUGGGUAGAUGGAGAACCUCCACAACAGAUAACCAGCCUAGACAUCAACUCUGCAUAUGGACUCUUGGCAUUUGGGAACUGUAAUGGACUGGCGGUGGUGGACUACUUGCAGAAGACCGUCCUGUUGUGUAUGUCAACAGUGGAUCUAUACGGAACCACCGACCCCUACCAACGCCUUACCCGUUCCCCCCGCAGGAACAGACAGUCCACCUCAGGCCUUACUGAACUCAAUGACAACCAGCAGUCCAUUGACAUGGAAAGAAGCAAGUCGCCCACUUCAGUUCAUUACUCAACAUUCCUCCACAAUGACCAACACGUCCUUCCAGAGCCUGUGGCCAGUCUGAGAGCCAGCCACUGCAGUCCAGUCUUUCACUUACUGGACAAUGUAAAGAGGCCCGGCAGAAAGUUAAGUCUGCCCACAGAUCUUAAGACUGAUCUUGAUCAUGUAAAUGGACAUUGUACUAGUCCCACCUCCCAGCCCUGCUCAGUGGGAAAGCCUCGCAGUCCGAUGGGUCCUGAGGGGCCACGGCUCACCCGUAGAGGCCCUGGCCGACCUCCCUUCCGCAAGGCCCAGUCUGCUGCCUGCAUGGAGAUCUCUUUGCCUGUGUCCCAAACUGAAGGGCAUGCAUCCAGGAGAGCAAUGCUUCAGCAGUUUCAUGGAGUCACUAUGUACUCCCACGACGAGCACCACACCACCACCUCCUACUGUUGGACUGAGAGAGAGAGCCGUGAAAACUCCUUCAGCCAUUCCCGCAGCUACAGUGUGUCCAGCAUAGACCGGGACACCAAAGAGGCCAUAAGCACUCUGCAGUUUGGAGAGUCCUAUGGUGGCAAGAAUGAUUCUCUUCCCACCCCGUGUCUGUGGGUGGGCACAAGCUUGGGUGUGGUCCUCCUUAUCCCAAUGUCUAUCCCCACUGACCAGGAGGAGAGGAUGUAUGAUCCUGUGACAGUUGGUCCCAGUGGAGCAGUCCAAAUGCUGAAGGGCUCUGUGUUACGUUUUGGUUUCUUGGACUGCGCUGGAGCUCUCAUUCAGAGCCCGUAUGAGGUUUGGCGGGACCUGAAUGCUCCCGAGGACCCUGAUCGGCCGCUGAAGCGCAAGCUGGUCCACUUUUCACCAUCAUCCUCCCAGGAUGCAUCUGUGGAGGGGCAUUUGGCGGUGGUGUGCUCUGAGAGGCAGGCCAAAGUAUUCCUGAUGCCCUUGCAGUCGUGCCUCUUUGUCCACGACAUCACAGAGUCAUCGUUUGUACUGCGAGCGGAUGUGGUACCUAUGUGUAACAGUGUGUGCCUGGCCUGCUUUUGUGCAAAUGGACAUGUCAUGACACUCAGUUUGCCUAGUUUAAGACCACUGAUGGAUAUUCAUUACCUGCCUCAGGCAGACAUGCGCAAUGCACGAACAUUUUUUUUCACUAAUGGAGGACAGGCUCUAUAUCUCAGCUCCCCCACAGAGAUCCAGAGAAUUACGUACAGCCAAGAUAUGUGUGACAACCUGCAGGAAAUGCUGGGAGAGCUGUUUACUCCAAUAGAAACACCAGAAGUCCAGAACAGAGGAUUUCUAAAAGGCUUCUUCGGAGGAAAUGCCCAAACCUUCGAUAGGGAGGAGCUCUUUGGUGAGGCAGCAGCUGGGAAGGCUUCCCGGAGUCUGGCGCAGCAUAUCCCUGGUCAGGGAGGGAUGGAGGGCAUGAAGGUGGCAGCGAGCGGAGUGGUGGGCGACCUGGCACGGGCCCGCAUCGCUCUGGAUGAGAGAGGCCAAAGGCUGGGGGAGCUGGAGGACCGAACCGCCCUGAUGAUGACCAGUGCAGAGACCUUUUCCAAACAUGCUCAUGAGUUGAUGCUGAAGUGCAAGGACAAGAAGUGGUACCAGUUCUGAUAACAGGACAGAGGGAUGAGGCCGCCCUGGGCCUGAUGAGAAGUUGAUGCCGCAGCAGGACUUUAACUUUAAGAACGAUAGCAAUCAGAAGAGACAGAAGAGUGACUUUGACUUACAGAUUCCUGGACUGGCUCUGUGUACAGCAGAGUCUCAGUGUCAGAAUACUGAACGACAUGGACAAGGUCAUUUCUCGUCUAGAUGAACAGAUAUGUGGACAGAGAGUUUGAAGGUCUGAAGAACUGUAAAAAUCCUGACAAGUCUUAUGUCUGUGUAAAAGGGAGGUGUGUGUGUGUGUGUCUUUGUGUGUGUAAGCUUGUGUGCUUUGGGUUUUCUGGACCUUACAGUGUAGAUACGCAAGCGUAAAGAAACCAACAUGAAAUGCAUGAAACAACAAUGAAUGACUAUUGAAAAGUAAAAUAGAUGUACUGCUUCCAUAUGAAAAAGCAGCAUGUCACUUUAAAAAGUGAUUAAAACAAAAAAAAGUUUUAUUUAUGUUAGCCAACAGCAGAAACAAUGGAUAAACAUUAUAUUUUUUUGAAAUACUGGCAAAAUAUAUAGAGAUAUAAAAAGAGACAUUUAUACCUGCAUUGCUAUAAAGCCAAAAUCUGUGUUAUUUCCCUCCUUUUUUUGGGGGGGGGAGCGGGGUUCUUUGUCUAAGCAAAUUUUGGUUGACACAAUAUAAGUGCACAUACUUAACUCUAUUAACUCUAUUAAUUUUUUUUUAUUAUUAUUUUUAGCUGCUGCUGCUCACAAAAGCAUUAGAGAAUGACAAGGGACAUCUCACAUCCAAAAAUUAGGUCAUGCAAAGAGUGAACUUUGAGCUGUGUGUUUCAAUGUACAGUUCAUAUAGUUAUAAAACCUCAUAAAACCUAUGAUAGAUGAAUCCACCCACCGCAUACUCACAAAAUAGCUAAUAUUUAAUGAUCAUCACAGGUGUCCUGUUGACCACAUCCAAUGAGAUGUAAUAGAUUAUUUUGGCCAAGGAAGGCAUUUAUCAUGAGUCCGAUUAUUUUGGCCAAGGAAGUCACUUUAUUAUGUUUCUUCAGCUACCUUUUUCAGUUUUGAGAUCCUCGUCUGUGUAUCAGUGAGAGAAAGAGCGCCACAGAUAACAAAUAUGAGUUCCUCAGUCAAACCCAUUCCAACUGAAUCAAACAUACCGGUUUUCCUUUCUUCAGUCUUGUGGUUUGUGCAUUUUCAACAUUAAAUACAUACAUACAUACAUACAUACAUACAUACAUACAUACAUACAUACAUACAUACAUACGUGUUGAGACAGUGAAGAAACUAUGUACAUCUGUAAAACAUAAUUACAGAAGGCGUAUGUAUUUUAAAAACAACUAAUGUUUCAUGAUACAUGGUUCAAAUUGUGAUUGUGGUGUACCACGUGACAUGGACAAAUGGCAUCAAGUGAGGAUAUUUUGUACUCGUGUACUUGUCUGUAUUUUGAACUGAUCUGACAAAUCAAACAGAUGAUUAAUCCUUUCUGUCUCUCAUACGCUAGACCUCACACACUGCACAUUUUCAAAGCCUAAAAAACUCAAGAGACACAAGUGAAUCAGUCAUUACCACUUGCCCUCUGUCAGGCUGUGGAGACAUUCCUGAAAGGUAUAUGCCUUCAAACGUUCUAUAUUUUAACAUAGUUCAACUGGAAUUCCAAAGCCAAGCUACACAGAUUUUAAGAAUUACACAUGGCUUGAUUCAGUGCCGUCUGGUAAAUAACUAUAAUAACAAUACAUUUCGCUCCUAUGUCUGUACUGUCAAUGACAUUUGUGUCCAGUGGAGUUCUUUCAGUGGCAGAAAAAACACACAAAAAAAACAGGACUUCUGCUGACAGGGUGUUUUGUUAGUAUGAUUUUGGUUUGUAUGUUUUCAGUUUUUAUAUUAACUGUACAGUUACAACUUUGGGUGAAAAAUGAAACAAAAAAUAAUAUUUCUGUAUAUGUUGUACCUGUUCCUGCUGGUACUGUAUUAUCUCGUAUUCUGGCUCUGUCUAAAACACUGGAACUAUGUUGUUCUUCACACUGUAGUUUGCUGGAAAAGCAUUUAUUCGGUUUUCUCAAUGAUGGCAGCCAAGUUUGUCUUAUUUAAAUGGAAUUGUACCACAUUUUGUUCUUAUUGAUAUAUCCUAGUGUAACGAAAAAUACUUGACAAAAAAAGGUCUGAUAAUCUGUUGAUGCAAAGACAAACUGAAA